AUGGCGGCGGCUAAUAAACAAGGCAAAAUGCUCAACUACCGCAUGCGAGCCACUCUCAGUGAUGGCCGGCAGAUGGCGGGUCAGAUGCUUGCGUUUGACAAGCACAUGAAUCUCGUACUCGCAGACACUGAAGAAUUCCGUCGCGUCAGGCGCAGGCCAGCAAAGGGAGCGCAAGCCGCACCCGGCAGCCAAGCCCCCGCCAUGGUCGAGUCCGAAGAGAAGCGCACACUCGGCCUUACUAUCGUCCGCGGUACCCAUAUCGUCUCACUUUCCGUCGACGGUCCUCCGCCCGCAGAUCCCUCCGCACGGUUAGGCACAAGCGCUCCCGGAGGCGCUGCAGGAGCUCCGCCGACGUUGGCGGCAGGGCCAGGCAUAAGUAGGCCGGCGGGUAGAGGGUUGCCAGUAGGGUUGACCGGGCCGGCUGCUGGUGUUGGAGGACCUAGCCCUGGUGAUUUCAGAGGGUUCCCGCCACCAGCUGGUUUCCCGGGUGGCGCGCCAGGCUUCCCCGGACGAGGUGGACCCCCAGGAGGACCGCCCGGCUUCCCUCCGCAAGGCUUCCCAGCACCGCCAGGAGGAGGUCCGCCGGGCUUUCAACCACCGCCUGGAUUCCAGCCGCCGCCGGGGCAGGGCAGAGGGUUUCCUCCCGGUUUUGGCAGAUGA